GUAGUUGAAUCACUUAAAGGAAUGUUUAAAACUUUCUAUGUAUUUUUUGAUCAGUCAAGAGAACCAGCAGAGCGGGGCUUUGACUUUAGAUCUGUGGAUAUAAAUGGAGAACUUGAUAAAUUGUUAAAAAAUGAUUACGCUACAGAUUUCGAAUUUAUGACCGAUGUAACGCAAAUUAUCAUUGAUCUUAAAGACGGUCAUACCGAUUUUAGAUCUGCUUGUUACAACGCAUUUUUCUUUCUUCAAGACAUCUGGCUUUAUUCAACUGUCGAUUGUCAUGGAUCACAGAUUAUUAAAGUACUCCAAGAUGAUUUAGAUUCCUCAAAUGAUAGGUGUGAGGUUACGAAAAUUGAUGGCAGACCUGCUUUAGAAGUAAUUACCUCAUAUGCCAAAAACCAUAUCAGAAAUUCCCGUGAUCUUGGUGUAAGAUUUAACCUGGCAUUAGCGUCUCUCAAAUUUACUAAUGGUAUUUUCGGCUUAAAUACGAACCUUAUCACUUCAAGUCAAUUCACCAGACGUUUGACUUUACCGGAUUCUGAUAGUAUCACUUAUGAACUCAAAUGUAAUAAUAGCGAAACUAAAACAUUAAAAAGACUUUGGAGGAUAGCUAAUAAUGCUUAUAAUACUCUUGCUUUCACCGAUUCCAAAAGCUAUUUUGAUUCCAUCUGUCUUGUAAACAAAACCCAACAACCUACUCCUUCUAAUACCCAACAAAAUUCGGAAUUGACUAUAAAUUUAUCAAAUAAAAACAUUCAAGUGGAAAUUCCUGGUGAUCAAUUCGACAACUUUGAUAAUUUUACCAUUUUUUAUAAAUUAAACGACACUGGUGUCAUCGUCGUACCAACUUUCUUACCUCCUGCCUAUGCGCUUGAUCAAAAUAAAUAUCAAUCGGAUCUUAUAGCUAAAUUUAAAAACUUUGCCCAAUCCGGUGUUAAAAAAAUGAAUGAUGUCAUGACAUUCCUUAUCGAACAAGCCGAUAAACAAGGUCUUGGUCCUAAAACAAUAAGUUUUUCCCCUAAUCAAGAACAGUCAAUAUUUACUGGUCAACCUUUUAAUAACGCUGCUGAAUUUAUUGGUGAUAAUAAAUUCACAAGAGGUGGCGUAACUACUAAAUUUUCAAAUCUAUUUUUUGAUAUAUUAAACGAAUCCGCUUUAUCUGAUUGGAAAUCUCCUUGGACAAAUAAGGACAUUAUCGUGCUUACUGAUGGUUCUUGUGUAUCUACAUGCGCACAAACUGUUCAAUAUCUAGCUGAACAAGCUAAAAUUGCUACCGUCUCUGUUGGUGGUUUUCAUAACAGUACUAUGUCUUACUCUUCAUUCCCUGGUGGAAAUGUUGUAACUGUAGCUGAUUUCUAUAGUCAGAUAAAUAACAUCACAAGUAACACUACCGACCCAAAACCUGAUAUACCAAAAAACUUUGCAACUGACAUUUCAAUGUUUAUAUUUAAAUUCACUUAUAGUGAAACUCAUGAUUUGGAGUCUCAUGAUAAGAUAAAUGAAUUUAUGUACAGACCUGCUACCCAUAGAUUAUUUUACGAUGAUGAAAGCAUUGUUAAUCCUAGCCUUUUAUGGUUACAAGCUGCGAAAUUCAUUUCUUGA